GGCUGCCCGUCCCUGGUGGAGCGGGAGGAGGGGAAGCGGACCUGCGCCCCCCUCUCUCCUUCUCGCUCGACGGGAGUAGGAGGAGAGGGAGGGAAAGAACGCGAGAGAGAGAGAGAGACGGAGAAUGACGUCACAUGGGCUAGCGGUCGACCUCGUGGCGCGCCAACCAGCCCGAAGAAGUGCGUAGCGUAUCUCUUGGGCGAGGGCCACGCGGGGACCAGCACAGGCCAGCAGAAGGCUCCCGGGAAGCGAGCAGGUUGGUCGUCGUUCUUCGUCGCACGCACAGAACCUUUAAUCGCGACUCCCGAAGACAUUCUCUCUCGCGCGCAACGAGGGAACAUGUGCGUUGUUGUUGUUUGAAAAACCCCGAACGCGCGCGUGUGUGUGUGUGGUGUUUUGCCAGCAAGCCGGUUGAAGACUCCUUACGAUUUCCGCGGUCGAACCGAAAAGGAAGUGGUUGUUAAUAUAUAUAUAUAUAUAUAUAUAUAUAUAUAUAUAUAUAUAUAUAUAUUAAUUUCUCGACGGGGAUUGAGGCGGGACGGACGUCGUGGAUGGUUUGGGGGGAGGGGAGUGUGUUUGAUGGUGUUGUGGCGUCGCGAGGUGCCGCGCAAAUGUUCUCAGUCGCCGACGUGAAGCAGGAGGCGGUGCUGGGGGGAAUCCCGGGCAUGAUGGACGCGCCGCCUCCGCCGCCGCCGCCGCCGCCGAUGGGGCAGAUGGCGCAGGAGCCGGCGGAUCCCGGGUUCGAACCGCAGACCCGCGCUCGCUCCAACACGUGGCCGCUGCCGCGCCCCGACAACUACGCGGACCCAAAAGACGAGGUUGUUCGCCUGGAGACGUGCCCCGAGACGGAGAUGGGGCUGCUGCUCCAGCUGCCCUCGUCGGCCGGCUCCAAGAAGAACUCGAGCCGCAGGAACGCGUGGGGGAACCUGUCGUACGCCGACCUGAUCACCCAGGCCAUCACCUCGGCGCCCGACAAGCGCCUCACGCUGGCGCAGAUCUACGAGUGGAUGGUGCUCAACGUGCCCUACUUCAAGGACAAGGGCGACAGCAACAGCUCCGCCGGCUGGAAGAACUCCAUCAGGCACAACCUGUCGCUGCACAACCGCUUCAUGCGCGUGCAGAACGAGGGCACGGGCAAGUCGUCCUGGUGGAUGAUCAACCCGGACGCCAAGCCGGGCAAGAGCGCGCGCCGCCGCGCCACCUCCAUGGAGACCUCCAAGUUCGAGAAGCGCCGCGGCCGGGUCAAGAAGAAGGUGGAGGCCUUGCGCAGCGGGCUUGCGCCGCCUCCUCCGGCGGCGGCGGACUCCACCCCCAGCCCUUCGUCGUCGCUGUCCGAGGGCCUGGACCUGUUCCCCGAGUCUCCCUUGCACGCCGCAACCGUGGGGGGAGGAGGAGGAUUCCAGCUGAGCCCGGGAGACUUCAGGCCGCGCGCGUCGUCCAACGCCUCGUCGUGCAGUCGGCUGUCGCCCAUCCCGGCCGUGCUGGGGGCCGAGCCCGACUGGAGCGCGCCGUCGCCGUACCCGCCUCCCCCCGGGUACGAGCAGCUCGCGGGAAGCCUGGCCGGCGCCAUGAAGCUGGAGCCGGCAGACCCCUACAUGCAGGCGUACGCUCCUGGGCAGGCCUCGCCCUACGCCUCGCACCACCAGCACCAGCAGCACCAGACCUACACGCAGCAGCAGUACGAGUACCUGCAGGCGCCGGCCGCCGCCGCCCAGCAGCAGUUCCGCGAGCGCAGCCCCGCAGAGGCGGCGGGCCCCGCCCCCUCCACCAUGAUGGGCCAGCUCAUGGGCGCGCUCAACCACGGCACCAUCGCCGACGACCUCAACCUCAACAUCGAGACGCUGCAGGGCUUCGACUGCAACGUGGACGAGGUGAUCAAGCACGAGCUCAGCAUGGACGGCAGCCUCGACUUCAACUUCGGCCACCACCACAACCACAACCACCACGGCCACCACCACCUGCACAACCACCACAACCACCACCACCACCCGGGGGCGGGGGCGGACCGCCACCAGCCGCCGCCGCAGCAGCCGGCGCCGCCGUACACCACAGGCCCGUCGUGGGUGCACUAGGGGCGCGCGCCGGCCGGGCCCCGCCGUCAAGGCGGCGGAGGCGUGAGCUGGACGCCUGCUCGCCCGGCCUGGUGCAGCCACAUUCCCGAGACUUGACGUCACCGCGCACGCCCCUCGCCUCCCCCGCGGUGCUGCGGCAAGGGCGCCUCCUCUCCUGAUUGGCGGACGCAUCGUCCCUCCUCUCUUUCUCCCCCCCCCCCCCCUCUCCCCAGCGCCAAACCUCAACCAGGCUGUACAGUCGCGGGCAGCGAACUAUGGACCUCUUCCCCCUGCCCCCUCUCGCUCCCCUCCAUGGAGCCGCGGGGACUAUUUUUGUAGCUUAGUCGUCGAGGGAUCUCGUUUGUUAAUUUUUUUUUUGCAUGUCCAAGCUAUAUACAUAUAUAUUUUUUUCAAACGCCUGUCCUUGAAACGAAAAUUGAAAAAAGAAUUGUUUCUUGUUAAUGUGUGUGUAUGUGUCGUAAAUGUACCUUUGGUUUUUUUUUCUCUUAAAUAUCGUAACAUACUUAACAUGAUUUUUUUUUCCGACGAGUUUUUCUUGUGGAAAUGAUAACAGUACAAAAGAUUAUUAACGAAACUAUGUUUGUAUCGCAGGAUAUGAUGUACUUACCUGAAGGACAAAAAAAAAUUUUUUUAGAGGGAUUUUUAAAAUGUUUUUAUUGCCUCGUGUUUUGUUGAUACCUUCUAUGUUCAAUGUCUGAUUUAAACAUUUUGAAGUACCAGCUUGGGUACAGAACAAAAUUUUUUAAAUUAUUUAUUUCUGUUUGAGAAUAUUAAAACAAAUUUUAAUGUCCACACUUUUACCAACACUGCCCGGCAUACAUUCUAUGUUAGGCAUUGUUGGAGAUGAUGUUUUGGGAAUUAGGACAGUUUUUAGGCUUGAAUAUGCUCCGUUCAUUAAGACGUUUCUUACAUUACCGGCUCUGAUUGGCUGGCCAAUAAUAAUAAUGCAGCUGUUGCACUGAAGUAGAGAUUGCCAUGAUUUAUAAAAAAAAAUAAUUAUGUCGUAUCAUAAUUUUGCUUAUAGCCAUUCAAAGCGAAGAACAAUGGUUUGUUGGCUCUCCUGACAGAACCAUUUUUAAUUUUUUAUUUUUGUGAUGAGUCAUUAUUGCCUUCUUUGGUCUUUACAGGACACUCAGGUAUUUCUUGCAACCAAAAAUUCAAACAUUGGUAGGUUAAUUUUUACCUCUGCAGUUUGUAUAAAAGUUUGCAACAAGUCCUUAGUCCCAGAAUGGCUUCUCUGAAAAAUUUAACUGCACCCGCAGGAAAAAGCCUAGGAUUAAGUGAAAACAAAGGUUUGAAAUAUAGCGUACCAGUCAACGAAUAUGCAAGUUUCGUAAAAGAUAUUGAAUUUUAAAUGAUGAUCUUUAUUUGUUACUUGUUGCAGAAAAAAAAUAAUAGGAAAAACAGUUAUAGCAGGGUACAUGUAUAUUUUUUGACACUUUAUUUAUACUAUUUCUAUUUCCAAGUAUUGUUAUUCAGUCAUGGCAUGUUUGAAAGCAUUGCUUAGGUGUGAAAAUGCAGCAUUGAUUUUAAUUCAUUUAACGUAGACUAUGAUUAUUUUAGAAUUUAGUUUUCAUCUCUAAGUUUUAACUAAGUACGUUGUAUCAAUGUGUUUUACUUUAACAUUGAAAAUAGUCUUUGCUUGCCACAUAGUUUUGUACAAAAUAAAAAUUCACAAAGUAGAAGCAAAUUAGUUAUUUUAUGUUUUCUUUAGUAAUUUUUGUGUUCCUGAUGGAUAAAGGUUACCUUUUAAGGAAAAAAAUGUUACAGUGAUAUUUUACUAUGGAACACGAACAUUUUGUUGUUCCAUCAUCGGUGUGUACAUACAAGUAAUGCUUCAGAAUUUCUGCUGAUACUUAACAGAUCAAAUUCUAGUCGUGUUUUAAGAGUAGUACAGUAAUGAAAGCCUCUAAAACUAAGGGGUUUCCUGUGAGUAUUUCACUUAACAAUGAAAACAUUACAAUAACUACCUGUAAUUUAUGUAUAUGGUUAUAUUUUGUGAUAAGAUACCUCUAACACUAAAAUUAGGAGGAUAUUUCAUGAAUUUUAGCUGCUAGGUUGUGAUUAAGUAUGAUACAUUUAUAAAUAAUAAUUCAUCAAAACAUACAGUUAUAUAUUUUUUUGUUACAAAUUUUAGUUUAAAUAAUAAUGUCAAUUGUAUGAAUACUUGCAGCUAAUAUUAUGAAUGUUUAUAUUUUUUUUUGGGGAUAUGUAUAUUCUUUAAAAUAAAAAUUUGACAUAUAUUUUUGAAAGAUUUCGCUGAGUAAUUAAGUAUGCAUUAUUUACUUAAAUUAAGGUUCUUUGAAAACUGUAUCUAUAAUGCAGCACAGAAGAGUUCCUAAUAUGUUAUGGUCAUCUUGACAAAUAAAUGUUGCCUUAUUGUUUUUAUGGUACAGACAUCUACAGUCAUUUCAGUAGCUAUAUUUUUAUUACAUUAAAAAGUAAACAUUGGUUAUAUUGUUUAUUAAAUACUGAUCAGCAAAGCUCAAAUUAUUAAUUGUUUUAUUGUGUUUUAAAAUGUUCACUUUAUGAAGAAAUAAAAACUAUUUUUAACAUUAAUAAUUAACUAUAAUAAUUAACUUCAUUCAGGUCUAUAGUUUAUAAAUUUUACAUCCACUCUGGGAUUGAGGUUUUAUAGUAAUGACUAAUGAUGUAACUGUGUUACAUAGAGAUCAGGAAAGUAGUUUUAAUUUCAGAUCUGGCAUAACAAAUGAGAGAAAAUGAAGUAUACCUUGCCUUGAAUAAGUUGUAGUCUCAUCGAUUAUCAUCGCUGUUCAGAAUUGUUGAUGGUAACUAAGAAAACUAGUAAAGUUUAAUAAAAAUCUAUAAAGUUUGUUGAAAAUAAUUGUUUGGCUUCUUGAUCAACUCAAGAUCAUUUACUACAUGUUUAUAAAACACGUGGUUUUUAUUGCUACUCCACACCAAUUAUUUUGUGAAAAUUUCACUUUUUUAAGGGGGGGAGGGAGGAACUUGUAAAAAUUUGUAAGAUGUUGUGUUAACAUGCAUGUAAACUGAUUGGUGUGUGUAUAUUUUGGUUUGUGAAAUUUUGUGUUAAAAUGUGUUUUAGGAACAUGAUGCAGGGUGGAUUUUUUUUUUUCUCCUUUUUUUUGAGUAAAUGUAUUGGCAUUGUUAUGUGUGCGUAUGUAAAGAGUGACUAUGCGAGAUUUUUUUUUAUGUGUCAUAUGAUUAUGUGUGUACAUUUCUACUUUCGCCAUAACUCGUAGUGAUUUUUUUUUUGUAUGGAUGUUCAUACCCUACCAAGCAACGCAGUUUGACAACGCAAGUGCCAUCGACAUGUAUGUUAAUAGUUAGUUUUAAUUUGUGUAACCAGGCCUCGUGCAGUAACAGACUACUGAGUCAGCACACUUUCCAAGUUCUGAUUUUAUAGAAGUAGUAAAUGUUUGUGUAAUAUAAUUCAUAACUGGUGUAAUAUUAUAUAAAUAUAAACCUGUAUAAACAGUGGAGUUUAGCUAGGUCCUAAGAGUGAGUCCUUACAGAAAUAUAUAUAUUAAUAUAUAGACAUGAGUUUAAAAUGAAGAGACGUUGAUUGUAUGAUUGGUUGUAAUGAGGACUGUGGUGGUUCAAUAUUUGUUCCAAGUUAUUUUUGUUAUUAAUAGCAUAACUGUUUUUUAGGACUUGUAUUACAAAUGACGUGUGAAGCUGUUGUUCUCUGGGGGUUCACAGUGAGAAAAGAUUUGUUUUUAAACAGUUGAAUAUGUACUUGUUACAUAUUAUACUUGCUUAAUUAAGAUGUUAGAAUUUAGCUAUGAUAUCGUAAUGCAUAGAUAGGCCAAGCUUUCGAAGCUCGUUCUUUAUUUCAGUUGGUGAAUACAAAUUGCGCUGUAGAUCCUGGGGUAUGUUCAAAAUGAUGUGCUGGAUUGCAGGCUAUUAAUUAAUGAUUGGCAGCGAUAACAAGACGUUAAUGUUAAUAAAUGGAGAUUAACUACAGACAAAGCUGAGCAAUCUCUUAACGUUUAGGCACCGAUUUAAGAAAUGGUUAUCACUCUGCCCAAAAAGAAUUUUAUACGUGGUAGAAAAUGUAAUGCUGAAACAAACUGAAAACUUGUUUGCGAGGUGGGAUCUUUUUGACAGAGUUUCGUACAUGUGGUGUUGGAGUUAUAAUGGAAUUCUCUGCAGGACUGUGCCUCACAUAUAGAGGAGUGCUUUAUUCAAUGGUCAUAAUGUACUUACAGAGUAUUGAAUUUUCCAUUUCUUUAAUUUCCUGUGAGACAACUAACUGUAUCCCAGAAUUUACAGGAAAAGAAUUCACUAUUAUGGUUUAUUUCCAUUUCCCCCCCCCCCCUUUUUUUUUCUCUCUUGUCCAAUGUCAAAAAUGGACUCUAUAUCUAUGAUAAUUAAUAUUAUAUUUAGUUUUACAUUGAUAAAGCCGUGUGCUGUUGAAAAACACAAAAAAAAAGUAUAAACAAUAUGGUUUUUUUGACUGUUACUUAAAUUUUUGAGGGGUGCGAUUUAAAAUCACCAGUAAUCUUGUUGUGGACAUGCAUUUCAAAUUACCCUCUUUUUUUAUCUUCUCCUCUAUGUUUUCUCAUGCACAUAAAGAAAAUUCUUAUAACUUUAAAAAUAUUUCAUUGAUAUUCGUGGUCAAAAAAUUGGUAAACACUUAAUAAUAUAAUUCCUGCAGCUUUUGUGUCCUAUACAGAUACUUGUUCUCCAGGUAGUUUCAUUACUUUUAUAUACGAUCUUAAUUCAAGUUUAAAAGUAUGUAUGUAUUUUAAUUCGAAGCAUUUAUUAACUUCCUCUACACCCUUUUAUAUAUAUUUUUUUUUUACUUUCUGCAUUUUGCACUCUUUAACCAUUAAAAAUAUUGGUCUAAAAUCAGUAAGAGUGUAUUUCAAAACAUUUUUCUAGGGCCACACACUCCAAAUUACUUGUGAAAGUAAAAUGCAGUUGCAACCUUGUCUGUUCAUAAGAGGCCCUCCAAUUUUUUUUUUAAAUCUCAUUUGUUUACUUUAUUUAGUUAUUUCGUACUACAUAUGGAAUUUUAUACAUUAAAAAUUAUUUGCAGAGGAGUUUGGGAUAUUGCCACACCUCAUAUUUGUGUAUAAUAGUGAAAAAAUGUCCACAAAUUGUGCCUUAUUCUUGGAAGUUGAAGUUACCCCCUGAUGUAUUUUGGUUUUCAGUCUAAUAAUUAUGAUGAUUAGCAUGUUGACUUUAAUCAUUGCUUGAAUAAGUUACUUUGUUAUCUAUUUUCAAAUAUUAGUUUUGAUUAGCAGAAAUGGUGGUAUUUUUUCUUCUUCUUCCAAUUUUAGCUAGCUUUACGGUUAUAUCUUGUAUAUUGGGUGAGUAGAGUAAUCUAUUAAGGUAACAAAACGGUUUGGUGUCUUAAGUUGCACAAAUUGCUGAGCAUAACUUAUUAUCAUUCAUUAUAUCUUAUGAUUCUUAAUGAAGGACGUGUGUAAUUGCAGAUGAAGGGUUUACAGAAUAGCUAGUAAUUGGAUAACGGUUGCAAGGAAAAUCUGCCUAUAAGAAUAAUAGGUUAAUGUAUGUGUUUGUAAUGUUGGAAUAAUUUAAUUUUUAGGCAUAAUGGUAUGGCAUCAGAAUUUUGCCAACAUCCAUUUUGUAUUAUAAUGUUCUGCUGUCAUAACACAGUUUUUCAUGGUGCAAAAUCUUUAUUUACAGAAUUUUGGGUGUAAUUUGCAUACCAACAAAAUUUUUAGUUUCAAGCGAACCAUUUUCAAAUAUUUAAAGUCCAAACUUUCACACUUACACUGUAUUUUUUUAAUUUCCUUACUUUAAUAAACAUGAAAACUUUCUUCUUCAUACAUAACUCAGUUCAGAAUAGUUUUAACAAGUAACAGUGACUACCUUGGCAAUUUAACUUAAUAGCCUUUGCAUACAUGGUUCAUGGUACUUACGGACUAGGCUGAGGUAAAGUUCCAAUCCAUCAUAUUUACUAUAGCCAAUUUUUCAAACCCAUAAUCUUUUCCUCUGUAUUAAUAAAACACUUGUUCCAUUUUGACUUAUAACUGUACUUAGGUUGCCAUUAUUAUUCUGUUACUGAGGGCAGCUAUAAAAUAUAAUUCAUUUCAACACAACUCUAUAUGUGUCACCCAGAGAACAAAUGCAAAUUAAAUGUGAGCUUCGCUGAAAGUUAAAUUGUGAGGAGUGAAUGAAUAAUGUUUGAAAUAAAAAAAAAUUAUGUGAAA